AUGGCUGCGUGUGUACCUGUGCAAUACCAAAGCGCGUUUCAUGGUUCGUUAUCUGGAAACCCGAUUGGAUUAGAAAGACGGAAGAAGAAUAACAAUAACGAGAGCAGAAGAAUACGAAGAAGAGGAGAGACGUUCAUAAAGCCAGUCGUCGCGGUUGCCGCGUCGAGAGUCGUAUCCUCGUCGUUCGAAUUGAGAGAACGUGCAACGUUUGCGUUUACGACGAGCACUCACCAAAGUGCUGUUUCUGCUUCUGCUGCUGCUGCUGUUGUUGGUAGACGACGACGAGGAGGAGGACGAAUGAAGCGCAAAACGGAAGCGUUCGUGGACCCGUGGGGAGUGACGGACGCGGAGUACACGACGUUAGAGGCGAACUUAUUCGCGGCUUCUCUGUUCCCGUACCUGUUCUUUCUCUUCUUUCUUGGGAAACCAGAGACCGCGUUUCCGAAGCGAGCUUUGUUCGGGUUCAAGUUUUUACUCGUGUUUGUCUUUGCGACGAUACCGGCUGGGAUUUAUGCCAAGGUGCACUACUCGGAUAUUUUAGCAAACGUGGAUUGGUUGCACGGCGGUGCGGAGAGUUUGUUGACGAUUACGAACUUGUUGAUCGUGCUGGGGAUGCGAGAAGGUUUGAGAGAUGCCGAGAGAGAGGCGAAGGAGAAACGAGAAAAAGAUUUGACGACGACGGCGACGACGACUCUUCGUAGCGUUGAUAGUGUUGUCGUUAAUAGCGAAAAUAGCACCGGGAAAAGUAUGGGAGAUGCGAGGAGUGAGAACGACGACGGCGGUAGUACUGACAACAGGAUAAACAUCAACAGCACGUUCUCGUUAGCAGGGUUAACGUUGCUCGUCGUCGGUGCCGCCGCGCUCGUCUCUUCGUCCUCUCCAGAUGCCGUCGCGGCGACGACGGAUUCCAUCGCGGAUGUUGCGGAUGGCAGUGUCGUCUCCUCCCUCAUCGCGUCCGCCAAACACGGCGAACCAGGGAACGCGUUGUCGUUACCAACUUGGGUCAUCCACGCUUCCUCGUUGAUUGAAUGGCUCGUCGCCAUGUCGUUAAUCUGGAACUACGCGGACGUAAAGAAACGCCCGAGUUACAAAGGGUUGACGUGGGGUAUGGUUACCUCCCACGCUUCUGGUUUAGCUGCGUGCACGUUCCACGUCUUCUACAACUCCCCGGCUCUCAAUUCCGUGGUCGCGUUACAAGCCGGUUUAACGUGUAUCGGUAACGCCACCAUGGGCAUCGCGGCCUAUCGCAUGUACCAAGAAGGCAAACGAUUAGGUAUCUCUUCCGACGACGCCGACGACGCCGACGCGGUCUCCGUCCUCGCCGGAACAAAAGCGUUACAAACCCCAUCUGCCGGGACAUCCUUCCUCGAAACCGACGACGCGUUCCUUCUCCUCAAGCUCGCGCUCGUCUCCACUUUAGUCUCCGCUCUGGUCAAAUGGGGUUCUCUCUUCGUCGACUUUCCGUUCGAACCAUCCGUGCUCCUCGCGUAUUCUAUGAUUGUCUUCCCGACGAUACUCAACAUGAACGCUUGGAAAAAGUUAUCCGACGACCCAACCAAGAAAGCCGAUUCGCUCUUGUAA